AUGCGUAGAAUACAAAGAUAUAUGGAAAGAAGACAGCUGAGAGAUGCUCAGAAUCCAUUUCAUCUUCCACGAGAUAAAUUUAUAAACUAUUUUCGCUUAACUCCAGAAAUUGUAAUCGAGAUCGCAACUGAAUUAAGGGCCGAUUUACGUAAUACACGACUUACCGGCUUAGCGCCAGAAAUCAAGGUGUUGAUAGCCAUACAGUUUUACGCCCAAGGCAGUUAUCAAAGAAGUGUCGGCAAUCAAGUUUUCUGGACUGUCAGCCAGCCAACAACAAGUCGUUGUCUUCAUGCCGUAACUGAAGCAAUCAAUCGACAACAAGCGCGUGCAAAAUUCUCCGUUGCUGCGUAUCAAUUCGAAGGUGCUAUCGGUGCUAUAGACUGUACUUUCAUUCAUAUUAUAGGUCCACGCGAAAAUGAAGAGGCAUUCGUUAAUCAUCACGGUCGCCAUUCUUUAAAUGUGCAAACGAUUGUUGAUCCAGAAAUGAAGAUACUCAACAUUAAUCCGAGAUACCCUGGUGCACGAAAUGACGCAUACAUCUGGAGCACAUCACCAAUUCGUCGAGUAAUGGAAUUCCAUUACAAUCGAGGAGAACGCAAAACUUGGCUGAUCGGCGAUGCUGGAUACCCGUUGGAACCAUGGCUCAUGAUGCCUUUGGCCGAUUUUCCUGAAGACACACGACAAUUCCAAUACACGCAGAAACUUUGUAAAGCAAGAAAUGUCGUUGAACGUUUCUUUGGUGUCUUCAAAUCUGUAUGGAGAUGUUGUUCCUAUCAGCGUGUGCUGAUGUAUGAACCAGUGUUUGCUGCAAAAAUAGUUAAUGCAUGUGCAGUAUUGCAUAACAUAAGAAUUCGACAUCGUUUGCAUCUCGAAGAAUUCGAAGCACCAAUAGCUGCUAAUAAUCCUCAAAAUGAAAAUGCUGGGGCUAAUGAAAUCAACGAAGAUGUAAUUCAAAGAGGACCACGUGCUUUGGCUCAAAGAAUUCAACGCCAAAUAAUGAGAGAAAGAUUUCCCAAUUAUCGUGAUGCACAAGCUGAAGGUGAUUAA